ACCUCAUCCAUAAUAAAUAUCGCAGCUUAUUUUAACAUGCAAGCACAGAUUUCGUACUGGCGCUCAAACGUCCGGUCUACGGGGCGUGCGUGCCUGAUAUCAUCAACGGGAUGUUCAUAUCAGGUUUAUUUCAUUCCUCAUCAUCUUGGGGGAGCGGCGACAUUUAUUUUGUCCUCAGAAUUAUGUCAACCUCCGUUUACAUCUCAGACUCUACCUCCGGUCCAGACCGGAUGGAGUGGCGGUGCUUUGAUGAUUACCUCUUUGUCUCUUCAAGUUCAGUGGUCAACAAACACGUUGGCAUUCGGCAGUCAUUUCACGAAGUAUCAUAGUCCCGACUAGCAUCUCUUCUUUCAAUAUGGGUCAUCAGUUCCUCCGAACGGAUUCCACUACUGGCUGCGAGUCUUAUACCAUCCAGCCUCUUCGGUUUCACAUUGAUACGCCGACCGCGGAUGCGCCUUUCUAGUAAUUGUAAUGGGGGCGCUCGCAACUUAUUC